AUGAUCGACCAUGAAUCUCUCAAGUCUAAAAUCAUUAAUAUCAGGUCGGACCCUAUCAUCAAGACAAACUUCCCACUCCCCAUUCCAGAUUUGAUCCAACUUGACAAUCCCUGCUAUUCCUCCUCCGACCUUUCAUCCGAUGCAGUCCAAACUUCAUGGGAACCGAUCGAUACAAUCAUCACCAAGAGUCCUCUUGACGAAAAUAUCUUGAGUAAAGUCCAUAACACAGUCCAAAUCGAUAUCCAUUCUCAACCUUCUUCACAAGCUAUAUCGGUCAAUCAUCUACUUUCAGGUGUCACCGUCCGAACCGAAGUGACACACGUACAAAUCGGUAAAUACUAUGAAGAAAAUGCUACGUUGAUUUGUCUUCGAAUUCAACAUCUUAAUUCUGAUCAAGAUCAUCCUAUCAAAUCUACCAUAGUAGAGUUGAACCUACUUCCUUCUCAACUCGAACCUGACCCCAGUGUCACAUCUCAACCAUGCAACCCUAUCAUCGUAGCUUUCUCUCCACAAAGGAUAUAUGGGGCUCCUUCCUCUGAAAAGUUGACAUCUACCAAUUCUUUAGGUGCUACAAUUGGAACUCCACCUGUCGUUCCUGUCGAUUUGAGUGUCAACGCGAAUCAUUCUUCUUCGAAAGAAUACGAAAAAAAUCUUCGAUUAACCGUCAAAGUCGAUAUAGAUUGUUCAAACCCUGACGACCCAGACGAAAAGAAUAAACUCAUCAUGAACGCAUCUGCUAAUCCUAUUCAAUCGGACGGACUGGACGUGCUCAAUUUAGGUUUGGUGGUACUCAAUGGGGAAAGACCAUUCGUGAUGACAUGUAACGUCAAGAGUAAACCUUUCAAACAAUUGCAAUUUCGCGCUAUACCUUAUUCCCGUGAACGACCGGCAAAGUUCAACAAUGGAGUGGAGAAGAUUGCCAAGGGUGUAAAGAGGGUGGAAGGGGAUUUCGCUAUGAUGCAAGCCACGGAUUGGGAAAAAUUGGUUCGUUACUCUUCGGAAUAUGAGAAUAUCGUUAUCGGUCAUUGA